GGGACUACUUCCUUAUUCAGUCGGUUUUACUCUUGUGGAUCGACAUGGGUCGCAAUUCACAAUGUUUCGACCAUCAUUUGAUCUCCAAAUGGCGUUCUUUCUCCUCGUUCCUUGGUCCUUUCAUCCAUACGACGAAACGAGGGGUAUGGACCCAGCUCGCUGGAGAACAAAGCUUGCAAGCUCGGCUUCUUGACCAUAUCCUUCGCUCAUUCGUCAUCGAAACCGUCAAUCUAUCACGGAUACUUGGCAUAGCCCAGCGAGCCAUUAACCAUGGGUACUGACUCUCUCUUCUCGACCCCGCGUCAUGGCAGCCGAUUACGGGUCCGGGAAAUAAAAUAUUAGGGGGUAGUUCCGGACAUGCUCAUUACAAGGAAGAACAUUUGUCUCCCUCAACUCUACCUAGGUAGACUUCAUCUGAACGACGGAGUACCUCGAUCACGUAUCACUUCUCUGGACUGGCUGGCAGCUCCGGACAACCGACAAUGGCAUCCUCCAAUACCGCACAACUCCUCGCCCAGGCCUCAGUGCCUGCCUUCAAGUGUCCUACGGGCACGAAGAUGCAUUUUCUGGAUCUAGGAACGUUGCAAGCUGAUGAAGGAUGGCUCCUCCGAGGCCAAAAUACCAGUACUCUGAGCAAUAAGAACCCCGAGAGCAAGCGAAGGGAUCUAAUCGUCCUGGCCGCUUUGAUCGAACUUCCUGGCUUUGGAUGUAUCCUGUACGAGACGGGCUGUGCUGAGGAUCUAGAAGUCGCCUGGGGCGCACCACUUACCGAUGUCUUCCCUCGAACCGAGUAUAGUGAUAACCAGAAGCUGCCCAACGCCAUCAAAGCAACAGGAAACGACAUCAAGGACGUGAAAGCGGUCAUUAUCGGCCACUUGCAUCUCGAUCAUGCGGGCGGGCUGGAGCACUUCAUGGGCACCGACGUGCCGAUCUACGUCCAUGAAGAGGAAUUCAAGCACGCCUGCUGGGCGGUCGCUACUGGUGCUGACUUGGGUGUCUAUCUACCUGGAUAUAUGGACUUGAAAGGGCAGCUCAAAUGGAACACCUUCAGCGAGGACCAUCUGGACCUGUUUCAGGGCAUCACGUUGCACCAUUCUCCCGGCCAUACCCCGGGGCUCGUGAUCAUGCAAGUCAACCUGGAGAAGUCGGGUACAUGGAUCUGGACCACCGAUCAGUUCCAUAUCGCGGAAAAUUAUGAGUUGAGUCAUCCACAUGGCUGGCUGGCGAGAGACCAUAACGCAUGGAUUCAUAGCUUGAAGAUGAUCCAACGGUUGCAGAGGUUGUUCGAUGCGAAGUUGGUGUUUGGGCAUGACAAGGAGGUUGCGGCCAAGUUCAUGGGGAAGAGCUAUGAGUAAGAUUGCCCUCUAAUGCGCGACCGUGAUGGAUGCACGGGACAUGGCCAUAAUUUAUCAUAGCAAUCAAUGUAGAGAUAGCCGUGGCUUUGGGGAUAUGUGAUGAAACCCAUCUGCAGAUA